AUGACGAGGAUGAGGAUGGAAGGUUACUUCGUCGGAACCGCGGCGUUCGUGUGGGAGGACGAGGUGUACACGUACGGAGGAUUGGCGCACGAGGGAGAAUUCGUGACGAGCGUGUACAGGUGGAGCGGACGAGGGGCGUGUUACGAAGUCGCCGCCACGGCGGCGGAUGGCGAAGUUGGCGUGCCCCCGGGUCGAUAUGGACACGGCGCGGUCGUGCACGGGGAUUUGCUGUACGUUUUCGGUGGUCAAGGGCAAUUCGGAUGCUUGAACGAUUUGUGGGUGUUCGACUUUGUGGCGUGCACGUGGACGCUGGUGGACGUCAUCGGUGACCCCCCGCCGUCGCGCACGGGACAUUGCAUGUGCAUAUCCGAUAACGUCUUGUUCGUUUUCGCGGGGAAGGAUGUGCAGCCGGGACAGGAUGUUGUCAUAUAUAAUGAUCUGUAUGGGUUCGACUUGGCGGAAUCGGAAUGGCUCACCAUCGACACGCAGUGGAAGCAUCCGGUUGGUGGUGACGCGUGCGCGAUGGCGGCACGAAAUUCGACGCUUUAUAUCUUAAGUCCAAACGAAACUUCCAUCGAAAUGGUUGUUUGGGUCCUUCAGCUUUCUGCGGCGGGUACGCCGCGUUGGACGAUGGUGGCGCGAGCCGGGCAAGUGCCGAGUCCGAGAACUUCCUUCUUAUCUUGCGUGUAUGGUGCGAAUUGGAUCGUCCAUGGCGGCCGAGUAUUGUUGCAAGACGAUGUGCUUGGUGACACGUACGUCUUUCACUUUCCUACCGCGGAGUGGGCGCGACUCAACCCGGAAUCCGACACCGACCCGCGAUUUAGCCACGCCGGGGCGUGCGUCGACGGCGCCCUUGUCAUCUUGCACGGUUCCCGUGAUCCGAGUAUCAGAGCUUCUCCAGAGGAAGCUGGUGUGUGUAUAGCGAUUAAUCUUGAAGCUUAUCUUCCAUUCCCCACGGGAGAAGAAGAAA